AUGGGCAGGAGGCAGCCAGGCGCCUCCCUAAAAUGGCAGCGUUGCUACCUCACUGCUGGGGCGUUUAUGUGCACAGGAGAUGUUCGUUCUGAGCAGCAGUAUCAGCAGCAGAAAUUUUCGAAUCAGUCCUCUGGGCCUUCUUACAGGAAAGACCAGUAUUUUCCAAAAGGGCAAAAUAAAGGAGAGAGAGGCAGAGGAAGAGGAGGAUGGCAAGCAGGACGCCAGAGUGUUUCUGAGGAAAUGCCGAAAUACAUAACAGUGUCUACCUUUGCUCAAGCUCGUGCUGCGGAGAUCAAUGCCAUGUUGAAAGCAGUUGCGCAGAAGUCUUCAAACUCUCUAGUUUUCCAGACUCUACCUAGGCACAUGCGAAGGCGAGCUAUGAGUCACAAUAUUAAACGCCUACCCAGGCGACUUCAAGAGAUUGCCCGGAAAGAGGCAGAGAAAGCUGUGCAUCAGAAAAAAGAACAGUCAAAGACUAAAUGCCGUAAAGCUAGAAGGCGCCACAUAAAUUUAGUAGCAGAGUUUAAUCGCAGGCAAAGAAAGAAUAUUUGGCUGGAAACGCAUAUAUGGCACGCAAAGAGAUUUCAUAUGGUAAAGAAAUGGGGAUACUGUUUAGGAGAUAGCCCUACGGAGAAGAGCUACAGGGCUUGUUACCGAGCCAUGACAAAACACUGCCUUCUUCAGGAUUUAUCCUAUUAUUGUUGCCUGGAGUUGACUGGUAAAGAGAAUGAGCUUCUGAAGCAACUUGGUCGAAUAUGUAGCAUUGACACAGGAUUAACAUUUGAAGAGGCUUGUUGUCUGUCUGGAAGGUUUGAGGGUUCCGUGAAUUUUUACCGAGCAGAUCGCUAUCCUGAGGAUAUGCUUGGUACCGUUACAUUUAUUUGGAAACCCAGGGAUGGAUCUGAAAACAGGCAGUUGUGGAUCUGGAUGCAUCCAGCUCUCAAACGGGACAUACUGAGAGAGUUAAAAGAAAUUUUUCAGUGUUCAGAGCCUGAAGAAAUCUAUAUUCCUGAGCCUGUUACAGCAUCAGUUCAAGAGGAGGAACAAGUGGAUGUUGUUCUGAGCCUUGGCAAGAAAAGAAAGAAGGAGGAUAAAGAAGGAGAAAAAGCUGUGCCAGUGAAAAAAAUAAUUGGUGAUGGCACUAGAGAUCCAUUCCAGUCCUACUCUUGGGUCUCUCAGUCUGCUGGUGUUGUGAUUAGUGAUAGAACUAUGGAGAUUCUCAGAUAUCGGCUGAUUGGCCCAUUAUCACACUCCGUCCUUACAGAGACCUUGAAAGCUGCUUCUCUCCAAACAGAGUUGACAGAUUCAGACAUAGAACUGAAUAACUGGUGGGUAGAAAAUUGCAAGGACUCUGAAAAAGUAUCUCUUCAUCAACGUCAAAGUGCUAUCUUUGAGCUUUUGGAAGGGAUGAGUUCACCAUCAGAAAUGCCACCAGGUACAAUACUGGGCCUCACUGUUGGAGAUCCUCGAGUCAAUCUGCCAAAAAAGAAAACAAAAGCCAUGCCAGACUUCGAAAAAUACCAAGAUAAUGAUAAAGUUAGGCAGCUGUACCUGGAGGGUGUACCUGUAGACUGUGCUCGCAGCUUUAUCUGGGACCAGGACAUCUGUAAGAACGUCACUGAAAAUAAAAUCUCAGAGCAGGAUUUAAACCAUAAGAGAGCUCAAUUACUGGUACCUGGAUCACACCUUGAUUUGGGUCCUUGUGAAUCUAAGAUUCCCAUACUGUUGGUGCAGCAGCCGGGGAAAAUGGCUGGAGAAGAUCGACCUGGAUGGGGGAGUGGCUGGGGGAGCUAUCUCCCAAAGGGCUGGGGCAUGGCUUUCUGGAUUCCUUUUGUGUAUGCGGGGCUUUACUUUUGAAUGACGACGUGAAGAAAGCUAGAAAAAGCUUCCUAAUUGCAAGAGGCUCUAAAGCAUUCUGAAUAUCAAAGAACACCUCACACUCCAAAUGAUUUCCCAGACUGCCAGGCGGGAAUGCAGUUUGCCAAAGAGCUGGAAACCAGUCUUCUUGAAAAAUUCAAACGACGUCCACCUGCAAAAAGGGCAAAUUAUGUCAAGUUCGGCACUCUGUCCCCUUUCCUCUGUCCUUGGGGGCAGUUGACGAAGAACUGGGAAGGAAGAAUGAAAGCUUCAGGAGAAUUUGCACAUCCUUCUUCCCCACACCCUGAGCGCUGCGUGACUGAAGGGCAUAGCUUUUGUGACUCCAAAGCAGAAGUGGUCAAUGAAGCUUCCUCUGAGACCGGUGAAGUAGAGGAGACCAUGGAAAUAACAAGCUCGGAAGGUGUCACAAAGACAGGUGAUGUUACAGGCGCCAAAGACUUUGGUAGGAGAGAUGAAGCUAUGGCAAGUGACUUUGUUGUUCUCAGGAGUGAGAAACUACUAAUGCAGUUAUCAGCCUGGUGCUAUCCCACUGUUGGAAAAGAUCGGCGAAUCCGCCUUAUUGCUCGCCUGGGACAGAAGGAAAUGACUGAAGAUGUCUUUUUGCCAAUCUUGAUGAGCUAUCCGAGGGCUCUCGUAUGGGUCAACUUGUCUGUUUUGAGAAAGGGGAACCCUGAAUUACAUGCCAUGAUUUGCAUCCCAACAGAAGACGAUUUUCUGCAUCUAAGCAAAGACAGACUCUUCUGUGGUCCUCAGGAACCCAGACAUCGGGACAUAUUCAAGCACAAGGUACAGAAAGUAAAAGACGAGCGGAAGAAGAAGAAGAAAAAGGAUAACACGAAGGCUCUGGAAAGUGACCCUUCGAGUGUUCCAGAUAAAGAAACAACUGAGGAGCACGAAGACCUCAUUCUCGGUCUUUGGUCGGACGCUCUCCCGGAUGUUACUUCCCACUGCUCCAGAACUCUCUUGGGAUAUGUCACUCGCGGGGAUUUUUCAUUGGCCGCAGGCUGUGGAGAAGCGCUGGGUUUUGUUAGCUUGACAGGGUUGGUUUAUAUGUUACACAACCAGCCAGCAGAUAAAAAAGGGCUUGUUUUGUUAAGAGCUCCAGCAUCUUUACAGUACAGAUUUGCAAGACUUAAUAUUGAGGUUUAAGUAUCAUUGCAAUG